UUCUUUUCACUGCGGCGAUGUCAUUUCCGUUCAACUUUGGCGUCACAGCGCCAUCUAGUGCCUAUAACAUUAACGCAUUUGGUAACUCAAGGGAAAAAAAACCUUUUCAAGACCUCUUUUAGCUUAUAUAUUUUUUGGAUUGGUAUUUACACUGCGUUUAGGCUACAUGCUGACACAAUUGUGGAAAAAAUCUAACAGAAUAUACAGUUUGUCUAAAAGUAGGAGAGGAUUUAGUAAUCUGUUAAUUGGAUUACUCGUUUCCUGAUGUCCCGAUCACUCACUCGCCUUUUGCACAGCAACAAGUCACGUCGGCACUAUUUGUUAAAAAAGUUCAUUAUAGUUUGAUGUGAAAGAAGUUUCCGCAGCAUUUAUAGCCAAAAUUCCUCUAGGGAUGGCCAUUUUUUUCUUCUAUUGGAUUCUUGCCUGUAUCUGUGGGAUAAGUCUCGGCAAUGUAAAUUCAAAUGAGAAGAUUUACUCAGACAACAUCACUCGUAUUCUGGAUAGACUUUUGGACGGUUAUGACAAUAGACUGCGACCUGGAUCUGGAGGUGGCAUUACUGAGGUGAAAACCGACAUCUUUGUGACAAGUUUUGGACCUGUGUCUGAUGUUGAGAUGGAAUAUACCACGGAUAUGUUCUUUCGACAGAUGUGGGUUGAUGAGAGGCUCAAAUUUGAGGGUCCCAUUGAAAUCCUACGGUUGAACAAUCGCAUGGUAGACAAAAUCUGGAUACCGGACACCUUCUUCCGAAAUUCCAGAAAAUCAAUUUCUCACAACAUGACCACACCUAACAAGCUUUUCCGGAUUAUGCAAAACGGGACUGUACUCUACACAAUGAGACUAACAAUAAGUUCAGAGUGUCCAAUGAAUCUUAUGGACUUCCCUAUGGACGGUCACACUUGUCCUCUUCGAUUUGGAAGCUAUGCCUACACCAGCAGUGAAAUCGUUUUCACUUGGAGAAAGGGGCCUAUCAAGUCUGUUGAUUGUCCCAAAGAGUCCAUGAGCCUUUUGCAGUAUGAUCUGGUGGGACAGACGCUGUCCAGUGAGAUUUUCAAGUCCAACACAGGUCACUACUCUGUGCAGGUGGUCCAUUUCCAUCUCCAGAGGAAGCUGGGAUACUACCUCAUCCAGACAUACAUUCCACUUAUCAUGGUUGUCGUGCUGUCACAAGUCUCUUUCUGGAUCAAUAAGGAGUCCGUCCCUGCGCGUACAGUCGCCGGCAUCACCACAGUGCUAACAAUGACCACCUUGAGCAUCAGUGCCCGCCAGUCCCUCCCCAAAGUGGCCUAUGCCACAGCCAUGGAUUGGUUCAUUGCAGUGUGUUUUGCCUUUGUGGCGUCAGCCCUCAUCGAGUUUGCGGCAGUCAACUACUUUGCCACGCUGCAAGCCAACCGCCUGAAGAGGACAAAAGCCCGACAAGAAAAGCUCGAGGUUUUAGCUACAGCCAGCGACGAUGAAGACAUCGUUUCGGAGUCUAACACCUGCCCUCAAGAAGGCCUUAAGAGGAGAAACCACUCGAUGUGCCCCAGUGAAGCAACCGAGGCGCCGCCCAUGCCAAUAUUCCUUCAGCAAGGCUCAGCCUUCCCGCAAAUCCCGCAGCUGGCUGGCACCAGCCCCAUCGACAAAUAUGCUCGCAUUCUCUUCCCCUUGACCUUCGGCCUCUUCAAUCUGGUCUACUGGUUCAUCUACCUGACUAAGGACACCAUGGAGAGAGCCAGGGAUGUGGAUCGAGCCUCUUAAAAGCAAGACGGCCAGGGAAAGGGCACGUGCAGAGUGAGAGACCACCCUCCCCCCUCCGCAUUCUCUCUCUCUGAAGCUCUCAGCAUUUCUUCUGCUCUCAUCUGACAGAGGAAAUGAAUCAGAAACUCAUUUAUUCUGCUGCCGCACAUCUAUUCAUUUCACAGGCUGUGACCGCUGCCCACUUGUGUUCUGAUCAGUAGGCCGAAGAGCUGCCCUUCACGGGUCUCCAUCCCUAUCGAGCCCACUGACCCAUCAAACCAGACGACGACGGUCCGAUAACGGCAUGCGCGCCGCCUCCAGCAACGCACAUGUUACAUGAAAAAGAAAGCGGAUGAUAUCAUCGCCGAUGGCUGCACCUGCUAGUGAUGCAAGAAGGAACCAACGCUUUCAGAAGGCUGCCCUCUACAGAGUCACAGCCCCCACUGCAAGCACAUCAAAGUCAACUUCCCUCUUCAAACGUGAUCAAAGCUGAGAGAAUGAAUGGUGAGGGUGGGCUUUGUCCAUGCAUGACUCUGUGGGGGUUCGUUUUCUUGCACUGCAGGCUGCUUCUGAAAACGCUGCACGAGGAAAACACAAUUCUUUUUAUUUUUCUCGUCACAAAUGCAACAUAAAAAAAUUGCCCAAGUGGAGCGACCUUCCCCACACUCUUAAAACUGCUGGGUUUAAAGUAACUCAAAUGGCUAACUCAGCACUAAGUCUAAAAGGGACAGACACCCACUGCAUUGGGUUGAGGAUUUGGGUUAAGAUUUCGAUCCUAAAUAGGGGUACAAAGUACACUGUAAAAACAGUUGGGCAAAAGAAAUAACCCAAUUUGGGUGAAAAAUUGACUGAUCCUCUAGCUGACCGGCACAGCACAAGACAAAGGUUUCUCCGCUGUCAUGUCGACUUGGCAAAACUAUUGUAGUACCGCAACUAAUCUGUGAGAGGCAGCAUUGUGCUACAGGGCAUCUGUACUGCAAGAGUAGUUGUAGAAGAAGAAAAACACAUGUUAGGCUGACUGUGAGCUUUUCUGGUAAUUAGUGACUUUAUUCUGAAUGACACGUACUCAACACAGCCAGGACUUGCUCAUAAGAAAGUAGUAAUUGGUGUCAAGGAUUCACACUUCCUGGGAGCCAUCGUGACUGCUUUAGGAUCUUUGUAUGGAGAGGAGGAUCUAAGUCACCACUAGAUGUGUGUUUUGGCUCAGCUAAGUGGUUAUUAAAAAGAUCAUUUUAAAAAAUGUCCUGUGUCAGGUUUGCCAUGCAGAGUCACUCGCGUAAUCUGUUUGGCAGAGGUUUUAUAACAGAUGCCCUUCCUGAGACAUGCCACCCAUUUUUGCACAGGAUUGGGAUGACUGCCUCAUCAACAUGUCUUAAAGUGGUACCCAACUGGACGUUACUGGUUAGUUGGAUUUGAAUGCCGAGCCUCAUGUCCAAAGUUAGCCAAUGAGUUAUGCAGAACUGUGUACAAAAUUGCUACCAACUUUGUGUUGGAUACAUUUUUGCAAAAAACAUCUGUCUUGACUUCCCCUUUAAGGUCUUUUGAGAUCAUGUUAUGUUGGGGUGUAUUUAUUUACGGUUUAAUGUAUUAGUUUGUGUAGACAAUUAUAAACAUACAGUGGGGUGUUACUAAUUUUUUUGCUAUUCCUGUCUGUCAAUUAUAAAUAUACAGUGAGUGGGGUGUUACUAAUUGUUUUGCUAUUUGUGUCUGGCCUUGGGAUUUACUGUAUUCAAAUCCCAUAAGCACAAAAAAAUAUACUGUGGUUUAAUUCAUUUG